AUGGCACCUCCUACCACGGAACAAUGGCUAGACAUUGCAGCUGGAUAUUUUGAAAAAAGCCAAUUUCCUAAUUGUGUGGGUGCUGUAGACGGCAAGCAUAUUAUUAGAAUUGAAUGCCCUCAAAAAAGUGGAACGCUUUACUACAAUUAUAAGAAUUUCUUCUCAAUAAUUCUUAUGGGGAUUUGUGAUUCCAAUUACUGUUUUCGCGUCAUUGAUAUAGGGUCAUAUGGCAAGGAAAGUGAUUGUAAUAUUUUCAAACAAUCAUCUUUUGGUAAAAAACUAUAUUCUGGCCGUGUCAACUUUCCAUGUGAAAAACCAUUACCCGGAGACGAACAAGGUGUUCCUCAGCCGUUUGUGUUAGUCGAAGACGAAGCUUUUGCGUUGAGCAAGCAUUUAUUGAGGCCGUUUCCUGGGAGAAAUUUAAAUGAUGAACGACGUAUUUUCAAUUAUCGUUUGUCUAGAGCGAGACAACAUAUUGAAUGUACGUUUGGUAUCUUAUCAAAUAAAUGGAGAGUAUUUCAUUCAAAUAUUUUAGUUGAACCGGAUUUUGCUAUUUCAAUCACCAAAGCGACUUGUGUCUUACACAAUUUUGUGCGUCGUAGAGAUGGAAUUCACAUCGAAGACACGUUAAACUGUAUGUUAGGAGAUGUUAAUGAAAAAAAAGGAGUCGGAAAUGCUCCAUCAGAAGCAAAAAAUGUUAGAGAAUAUUUUGUGAAAUAUGUAAAUAAACCAGAAUUUUCAUUAAGUUGGCAAAAUAAAGUUGUGGAAUAA